CGGAGGAAAGGCAGAUAUUCAAGAGGGAUUAGAUUCAACUUGCAAUAGGCUUGGACGGCAGAGUCUCUUCACACCAGCAUCUGUGACUUUCUGUGAAUGAGAGUUCAGCUACUGUAACAGUGGCAAAAUUGUAACACUGCCAGAUAACUUUGGAGUGUGUGUGUGUGUGUGUGUGUGUGCGUGCGUGUGUGUGCGACAGUGACCAACAGCAUGACCCAAAGACCUGUUGCUAUCUCCAGUGGAGGCUAUGGAAAAGGAGACUCAAAUGGCACCCUCCCUAUUGUGCCAACUACCACAGGUAAAGUGGAGCUGAGAAAAAAAGUAACUUUACUGAGAGGGAUCUCAAUUAUAACUGGCACCAUCAUUGGAGCUGGGAUCUUUAUUUCGCCCAAGGGUAUCCUUCAGAACAGUGGAAGUGUGGGGAUGUCACUUGUGAUCUGGACUGCCUGCGGGUUGCUGUCAUUGUUUGGGGCCCUUUCAUAUGCUGAGCUUGGUACAUGUAUCAAGAAAUCUGGUGGUCAUUACACCUACAUCCUUGAAGCCUUUGGUCCACAAGCUGCAUUUGUGAGAGUUUGGGUGGAGUUGCUUGUAAUACGUCCUGCUGCCACAGCAGUGAUCUCUUUGGCUUUUGGACGGUACAUAUUGGAACCCUUAUUUAUGCCAUGUGGGAUACCGGAACUACCAAUCAAGAUUGUCACUGCCAUAGGAAUAACCUCUGUGAUGUUCUUGAACAGUAUGAGUGUUUCCUGGUCUGCACGGAUACAGAUCUUUCUGACCUUCUGCAAACUUGUGGCUAUAGGGCUUAUCAUCAUACCUGGAAUGAUUCAGUUAUUUAAAGGUGAAACUCAGAACUUUCACAAUGCAUUUGGGGUUAAUGAGGUCCCAGUCAUGGGAUUACCCCUUGCCUUUUACUCAGGAAUGUAUGCCUAUGCAGGAUGGUUCUACUUGAAUUUUGUAACUGAAGAAGUAGAAAAUCCUGAAAAAACUAUCCCCCUCGCCAUAUGCAUAUCAAUGGGAAUUGUUACUGUUGGCUAUGUGUUAACAAAUGUGGCCUAUUACACUGUAAUGUCUGCAGAGGAGCUGCUUGCCUCAGAAGCUGUUGCUGUGACGUUUGCAGAGAAGCUGAUGGGGAAAUUUUCCCUGGCUGUUCCAAUAUUUGUUGCUCUGUCUUGCUUUGGCUCAAUGAAUGGUGGUGUAUUUGCUGUUUCAAGGAUGUUUUAUGUUGCCUCCCGUGAAGGUCACCUUCCAGAAAUACUUUCUAUGAUCCACAUUCGCAAACACACUCCACUCCCUGCAGUCAUUGUACUGUAUCCAUUGACGAUAGUAAUGUUGUUCAUGGGAGAUAUUUACAGUCUGCUGAACCUCCUGAGUUUUGUUCGAUGGCUCUUUAUCGGUCUAGUAGUUGUUGGACUUAUCUACCUCAGAUAUAAGCGUCCUGAAAUGCCUCGUCCUUUUAAGGUUCCAUUGUUCAUCCCUGCCUUAUUUUCCUUCACUUGCCUCUUCAUGGUUGCCCUGUCUCUCUACUCUGACCCCAUCAACACUGGAAUAGGAUUUGCUAUCACAGUGACUGGAAUUCCUGCAUACUAUCUCUUCAUUGCAUGGGACAAGAAACCCCAAAUCUUCCAGAAGUUUAUGAAUUCAAUGACCACAACAUUGCAGCUCAUUCUGGAAGUGGUGCCAGCAGAAUAAGAAACAUUACUUUGAACUGUUUAUUUUUGUUUACAACACACCAAUCAUUUUAUAUGUACAUGAUGAUACACAAUGGUCUGCAAAGUCUAAAGUUCAAAUGAUUAUCUAACUAAAGCAUCCAAGUUUGGAUUUGAAUGCCACUUACAGUUCAUAAGAUCUGUCUUGAGAACUUGUGAUGUUCUCUUGAAAAAAAAAAAAAGGUGAACAUUUCGCACUGGAAUAAAUAAUUGCCAGAUAGGUUAAAUGCCACAAUGCAUUUUUUAAAACAGUAAUUGCAAAUGCUAGCAUUUGAGAUGGGAAACUAUGAAUGGAUGUUUAUGUACCAUACUAACAAAUAUACUGUAACAUCACUGUACACCAGUUUAAAACGGUGUGCUGGAAGUUAAAAACACCACAGUGUAAGAUCAAUGCUUUUAUAUUUGUUACUUUCGGCAACAAGCAACCGUGCCAUACAGUUAACGUUCAACAGGUUUUAAACACUGAUAAAACUUUACCAAAAAACUAAAAAAAAAAAAUGAAACCUGUGUUUAUCCUACUAAAUAUUACUCUAUUAACAAUGACAAAACUACUUAUAUUGUGUUUAUGGUUUAAAUGACUGUACUUGUUGCAACAGAGUUUCCGUACACACUGUGAUUCCCAUCUGUGCUGUUCUCAGGAUGCCUCAACAUAUAAGAAAAGUACUUUGGGGCAGUAGCAGGAAGAACUGGUCAUUUCUCUGAGUAGUAUACAAAUUCCCCUUUAAACGCAGAUUUUUGGUCAUGCACAAAAAACUAAAAUUUCUAACACAGAAAAGAGUUCUAAACAUAAAAGCUUCCAUGUGCUUGCUGUGCUGUAGGUCAACUGUACACUGUGUGUGUUCAUGUCAUACAGCAAGUGCCCAUCAACAAGCUUAAAUUGUCUUACAGCUGAUUAACAUGAACAGAUACUGCACUAAACACUUUAACAUGUAAGCAUUUUGCUAAAAGUGAUUUUUGACUGCAUAACAUAAAUAGCCCCUUUAUACUUUCAUCAAAUUAGCUUUUGGAAAUAUUUACUUCAAAACAAUGUGCUUAUUCUGGCUAGAUUUAGCAUUUUCCACUGUCCCUGCACAAGUGUUGAACGAUAAAAUUUGAGUUCAAUUAAAAAUGCAAAAAAAAAAAAAAGCCUAUAUUUGUAACUUUUAAAAAUGUUUUUAUGCAAACU